CCUUGGCAAUGGCAACACAGAUCAAAAUGGCAGAACAAUGUCUAGCGAUAGUGUUUAUUUCUAUGUUUGUACGAUAAUUUGUACAUAGUGACGUGGUAUAACGGAAUUUUGGUGAUUUCGGACUGAUAAUCUGAGGGUUUAUAUUGAAUUCAUCGAGUGCCGUUCGAUUGGAUGAAACGUUAUUCUUUCAAAACAAAGAGAGCCGUUCGCCGUGCGGCGGAGGCGGCGGGUCGGAGGGGUCGGAGGGGCGCGCGUCGUGGCGCGUUACGCUGGACCACGACCUUGUGGAGACGCUGAGCGCCAUCUACCCCGAGUGGUUCAAGCCGCAACACCGCCGCGAGCCCCGCGCCGCCUCGCCCGCCUCGCCUGCCUCGUGCGCCUCCUCCGCCGAGCCGCGCACGCCGCAGACGCCGCCCUCGGACGACACCUUCAGUUCGGGCGCGGAGGAGAUGGCGACACGUCAAGCGGGUGGCAGCGCGAGCGAGCCGCCGAGCUCGCCGCGAGUGUCGCCUCCCAAGGUGGUAGUCGACGACAGCCCGCUGCAGCCCGCCAUGGGCAAACACAAGGAAUCAUUGAAGGUGAAGCUGAUGAUGCGGCGGCCUAUCAACCAGCUGGUGGCGCAGGGGAUAAUGCCGCCAUUGAAAACGCCACCGGCAUAUUUUGAACAAUGCAAGCAACUGGAGAGAGCCAAAACUGGAGACUUGCUGAAAGCAAAGAUACAACGGCGGCCGGAUCGCCAGGAGCUCGAACGGAGACAUAUAUUGGAACAGGAGAGUCAUGUAGAUCCGAGUCUAGCGGAAAAGCAGCGUAUGCUGAAGAAGGCGCGCUUAGCGGACCAGUUGAACGACCAGCUGUCCCACCGUCCCGGGCCGUUAGAACUGAUAAAGAAGAACAUCCUGCAUACGGAGGAAGACAUCGAGACUGCCGUCAAGAGCGGCGUGCUCGCCUUUAAGGCCACCAGCGAAGGCGCCUCCGGCAGACCGCAGCACCCCUCCUCCUACUGCGGACCACCAGAUGAGGUGUCACCAUCCCCGUCGCCGCCGUCGACGCUGUCGCCCGCGAGCGUGGCGUCGCCGCCGCAGCACCCCGCGCCCGGCAAGGACAAGAACCGCAAGAAGAGCAAGCAGAAACAACAGCCCAAAGCACGGUUCAAGUUCCACGAGUAUAAAGGUCCCCCGAACGCGCAGAAGGCGUCGUCGCCACCAGACAGCACAGAGACGCCGUACGAGUUGCUGUUGCAACAACAGCAACUGUUGCUGCAACUGAUGCUGCCGGCGUCGCCCGCCGCUUCGGUGGCUUCCGUCGCUUCGGACGGCUCCGACGUGUAUCCGCCACCGCCGCCGCCGCCGCCGCCCGCGCCUGUCUCGCGCUUUGAGGACAUGAAGGUAUCGGACCUUCGCGCCGAGUGCAAACGCCGCAACCUACGCGUGUCCGGGCCGAAACCGCAACUGUUAGAUCGGCUGCGGCCGUACCUGGCCGAGAAGCAGGAGGAGCCGCCGCGGUCGCCCGCCUCGGUCACGUCGUCUGUCGCUUCCAUCGCGUCGGUUGCGUCCAUCGCGUCUGUAGCUUCGCCCGAGCCGAAGCUCGAGGAGGCCGAGGACAUCGUUGUAUCGCAGCGGCGGCAGAUCGAGGAGCUCGAGCGCAAGCUGGAGGCGAGCCGGCAGCAGCUGGAGAGCGUGCGGCGCGAGGCGGCGGGCGCUGCCGCCAGCGACCAGAGCCGGCGCCUGCUGCAGGCGCACAUCUGCGUGUCGCAGCUGCGCGCGCAGCUCGACGCGCUGCAGGCUGGCGCGGCCGCCGCGCCGCCUCCGCGCCUCGUGCUGGCCGCCUCGGACGCCGCGCCCGACCGCCUCGUGCGGCUCUUCACCGUCACGCCGCCCGCCGCCGACGCGCCCGCCGACGCCGCGCCCGCCAAGGCCAACCCGGCCUACAUCCUCAACGGCGUCAAGGUGGUGCCCAUCGCCAUCCUGCCCACGCACUACGAGCCCGAGCGCGCGCCGCCGCCACCGCCGCCGCCGCAGCUGCCGCCCGCGCCGCUGCUGGACCGCACCGAGGACAGCCAGAUCAUGGACGACGUGCUCGAAAUCCUCGUGGAGAACGGCGAGCUGCCGCCGUCCGCCGUGUCGGAGCCCACCGACCCCUCGAUAGAGUCGUACCUGCCGGAGCCGGACCCCUUCUCCCCGGCGGAGGUGCUGGGCGACGCGCAGAUCAGAGACUCGCUCGCCGCGGACGAGCUGCAGCGCGAGUUGGAUGACAUUCAGAACGAGAUCAUGUCGCAUGCGGACCUCCACGCGGUCGGCGACCACAUACACGAGACGGAACCGGUCCCGACGGACAUCGACCCCGAUCUCGGCGUCGAUCUUCUGUCGAACGACGGGUUUCAUGACUUCGGGAGCUCGGAUCCGACGUCGGACCACGACGAUUUCUUCCGGAGUUUGCUCUCCGGGGAGCGUGACGACAGGCCGCACGUGGCGAUGGACAUCGGCGAGGACCCACCGGAAAGGAUGAGCAUGACUCCGCUUACCAACGGCGACAUUCUGGACCACACGCGGCCCGGCUUCGACGACAUGGACGACCUCUCGCUGCCUUCCUUUCAGAACGAUGACACGCGCCACGCAACAUUCGGAACUUUCGAGGAGCGGCCGUGUGACUUCGACAUCAAGGAUUUCGUGACGGACCUCGGAUCGAACAUGAACGUGGACAGCGACGCGUACGACUACAUGGACACGGAGAUCAUCCCCAACCACUUCGGGCGUGGCCACGUGCCGCAGUGCGACCCGCUGCUGGGCGGCGUGCUGUCGCGGCCGCCGCCGCGCCCCGCCCGCAAGCACUACUCGUGGGACAAGAUCGAGUUCGACGCCACCUGACCCCUCCUCGCUCCCGUCCGGCGCCCCUCCGUCGCUCUCUGACGCUGCUCACAUGAUCUCUGACACAUACUCGUCCAUCGAUAGCAUGUCGCUAGUGUCGCGAGCGAUACGCUUCGCGUGAACGUUCCGGUGACCUUAAUUAUUGGUGCGGAAUUAUUUAUAACAAAUAUUAUAAUAGAAUUUAUGAGCUACCGCUACUGAGUAGUCGGUCGGCCGUGCGCUAGUCUCUCUUCAGUGACUCGUUCUUCCAACAUGGUGAACUUAUUAGUGUAACCUAAACGUAAAGUUUGAUGUUGUGAAACACAAAGUGUUGACAUCGACAGAGGACAUAAUUUAUAUGUAUUCGGUACUUAAUAGUUGAUAGGAUUGUUUGUGUCGCUAGUUGUUAAUAUAGAUAAAUUGUAGUGAGUGUUUAGCGCGCGUCGCCACCACGCGCGUAAUACAUACUUGGCUCACAUAUUGUAAUAAAUCCAUUUUAUUUACUAUUUAUAGGCAUAUCUACUUAUGUAUAUAUUGAAGUUUUAAUUUAUAAUACUCAACAUAGUUGUGGAUUUCUGCAUUCCGCCCGAUGACUAAAACUUAGGGAAAAAAUUAUCAUAAGAAACGUUGUUUUUGUUGAGGCACGAGCAUUCAAUCUGUGAGACACCUGGUUAUGUACACAUUCAUAAGUAAUAAUUACGAUUUUGUUUAAAUAUAUAGGAUUGAUGUUGUGUCGCAUGUUAAAGUCCGCUUUCCGCUGUCCCUGUCGCACGGGCGGCCAUUUCCCAAAUCAAUAAGUGACAUUCCAGUCUUGUUGAAGUGCAGAAUGUGGCACACCAAGCUUUGUCUCUCUAGCUGGUUGUUCUGUAUGCAUAUGUAUUGUAAAGAUAUUCUUAUAAGGGUAUAAGAAUUAUGCUGCGUUUAUUUGAACCAUGUUUUGCUAGAGAAGGCAGGUGCAUAUUCACAAGCCAUCGUCAUGGGUGGGACCAGCUCGGGAACAAUGUUAGAUACGAAUUCAUUUAGGUAACGUAGGGAGCCGGCUCCUCGCUCGCAAAUGGUUAUGCAAACAUUCCGUACUCUAUUUACUUACCAAGACUUGUACACCCUUAAUUUGGUACAAGUUGCGGUGUUUGCAGAUGCUUUCAAAAGGGCAUCUUUAUUGUCUUUUCUUCCCAUAAACAUUGCAUAAACAAAACAUUCUCGAUGUGAAAUGUGUCAUUCCAAUGUAUUGUCUAAAAGUGUAGGAUAGGUGCAUCAUUAUGGAUAAGUUUCCGAUAUACUUCGUUAUCGGUAGUAUCAACUAAUACGAAUUUUAUUAUAAAAGAGGGUAUGGUUUGUUUGCAUAAUCGUUUGAGUGAUUUGUGUAUAAUUUAUUUAUUUAUGUCACUUGAAGUGUACCUUCUGGUUCUGUUCAGUUGUUUCAUUACUAUGUGUGAGUGUUUCUACUAAUGUAUAUAGUGUAGACGGCGGCGCGGUGUCCUGCCUCGCUCGCCAUGUCGACCAUUUCAUCGGGAUAGAAAUUAUUACCAGUAACAUUUUGCCAUUAUUUGCAUUUAUCUAAUUUAAUUAUAGAACAUUUUGACAACGAAUACGGUUCUACUGCCGUUGAUGUGCCAAUUUUGUGUACAGCGAUCGUGUUUGUGCAUUACAGUUAAAUAAAUCAUAUAUUCACUUCCCCCUGUGUUAGAAAGUUUCACAGUGUCGUUCAUUUGCAGGAAACUUUAUGGUCUGGUAUAAAUGUUUUGGUGGUUAUGUGGUGGUACUUUAGAAAGUAAACAUGUUUAAAGUACACUCACAUAUGGAAUGGUGCUAUUUAAUGUAAGUUAAGAUUGAUAUAGAAGUAUAUUGUAACAUCUUUCGUAAUUUUGUAAAUGGAUCAUAACAGUGUGGAUCUAUGUUAAAGGAAUAAUAAAUUAACAAGUAACAAUCCUUAGGUUAGAAAGAGUUCCUUCCGAGUGAACUCGACCAAACAAUUAUCAUUGGGCAGAUUUUUUUAAUAUUGAAUCACUGUCACCAUACUUUUGCUUUGUUUAGUGUGUAAACUAAGUAAUAUUCCAUUAUCUAAGUAAAUUAUAAACCUUUUGCUCUAGAUAUAAAUAUUUAAUAAAUUCUAUUUGCUCAUUA